CCCGGCAGCGCCGGCCCCAUGCCCGCCGGCCGCCCGGGCCCCGCCGCCCAAUCCGCGCGGCGGCCGCCGCCGCCGCUGCCCCUACUGCUACUCUGCGUCCUCGGGGCGCCGAGAGCCGAAUCAGGAGCCCACACAGCUGUCAUCAGCCCCCAGGACCCCACGCUCCUCAUCGGCUCCUCCCUGCAGGCCACGUGCUCAGUGCAUGGGGACCCGCCAGGCACCACGGCUGAGGGCCUCUACUGGACCCUCAAUGGGCGCCGCCUAGCCCCUGAGCUUUCCCGCGUGCUCAAUGCGUCCACCCUGGCCCUUGCCCUGGCUAACCUCAACGGAUCCAGGCAGCAGUCAGGCGACAACCUGGUGUGCCACGCUCGUGACGGCAGCAUCCUCGCUGGCUCCUGCCUCUAUGUUGGCUUGCCCCCAGAGAAACCUUUCAACAUCAGUUGCUGGUCCAAGAACAUGAAGGACCUGACAUGCCGCUGGACGCCGGGGGCCCAUGGGGAAACCUUCCUCCACACCAACUACUCCCUCAAGUACAAGCUGAGGUGGUACGGGCAGGACAACACAUGCGAGGAGUACCACACUGUAGGACCUCAUUCCUGCCACAUCCCCAAGGACCUGGCUCUCUUUACACCCUAUGAGAUCUGGGUGGAGGCCACCAACCGGCUGGGCUCGGCCCGCUCUGAUGUGCUCACGCUGGACAUCCUGGAUGUGGUGACCACCGACCCCCCACCUGAUGUGCAUGUGAGCCGCGUCGGGGGCCUGGAGGACCAGCUAAGUGUGCGCUGGGUUUCCCCACCGGCCCUCAAGGACUUCCUCUUCCAAGCCAAGUACCAAAUCCGCUACCGAGUGGAGGACAGCGUGGAUUGGAAGGUGGUGGACGAUGUAAGCAACCAGACCUCCUGCCGUCUGGCCGGCCUGAAGCCCGGCACAGUCUACUUCGUGCAAGUGCGUUGCAAUCCCUUUGGCAUCUACGGCUCCAAGAAGGCAGGGAUCUGGAGCGAGUGGAGCCACCCCACGGCUGCCUCCACCCCUCGCAGUGAGCGCCCGGGCCCGGGCGGCGGGGCGUGCGAGCCGCGGGGCGGCGAGCCGAGCUCGGGGCCGGUGCGGCGCGAGCUCAAGCAGUUCCUGGGCUGGCUCAAGAAGCACGCGUACUGCUCGAACCUGAGCUUCCGCCUCUACGACCAGUGGCGAGCCUGGAUGCAGAAGACCCACAAAACCCGCAACCAGCACAGGACGAGGGGAUCCUGCCCUCGGGCAGACGGGGCACGACGAGAGGUCCUGCCAGAUAAGCUCUAGGGACUGGGGCCACCCUCCCUGCUGCGUGGAGACCUGGGGGCCGCACCCAGACUGGGGGCUAACUCUGUACCCUCACCUCAGGGCACCCAAGCACCCUUGGCUUGGAGGAGCUGGGGUGGGUAUUCUGAGGGAAACAACAUCUCUGGCCUCCAUGUGAGGCCAUCCUUGGGUGCAACUCCAGUGGGGGUGUGUGUGAGAGUUGGCUAAGCUGCCCAGAACCCCUGCCAGGGCUGCGGGUGAAGAAGGGUCAUUACUCCCCCCCCCCCAUCCAGGACCCCUACAGAGUCUUUUUAAAUAAACAAGCUAUUUAGGUGC